GGCACCGAGAGGACUGUCUUUCGGCUCACUGUUCUGACUCCAGGACUGGGAGAAAACCAGGAGGGUGGGCAGAAGGCAAGGCAGGAGGGCGCCGGGCUAGACGUGGAGGCAGCCAACAGGACUCACGCCAGCCAGGCCGAGCAAAGCGGGCACGCGGGCUUUGGCAGCUCAGCACACAAUCCAGUCCGUCCGGAGCCAAGGCUCGGGAUCCGGGCCGGAGUCUCCCCACACUCCCUCCCACCUUCCUCUCCUUCAUUACCGCAAGUUUCAAGCAGCCGCCGCAGGCCACCGAAACCUGGGCGGCCUCCCCCCUCGCCCGCUAGGUGUGUCUGGUGAAUUUGGGCCGAAGCGAACCGGAGUUUGGCCUCGCUUCUUCCUACGAUGCCGGCGGACACUUUGGAGAAGCCGAGGGCCUCUCCCCUGGCUGGAGCGCCGGCCAGCGCCAGCCAGACCCCGGACAAACCCAAGAGCGCCAGUGAGCACCGCAAGUCGUCCAAGCCCAUCAUGGAGAAGCGGCGGCGGGCUCGGAUCAAUGAGAGUUUGGGUCAGCUCAAGACGCUCAUCCUGGACGCUCUAAAGAAAGAUAGCUCCCGCCACUCCAAACUAGAAAAGGCCGACAUCCUGGAGAUGACCGUCAAGCAUCUGCGAAGCCUGCAGAGGGUCCAGGUGACAGCUGCCCUCAGCGGUGACCCAAGCGUCCUGGGCAAAUACCGCGCCGGCUUCAAUGAGUGCAUGAACGAGGUGACCCGCUUCUUGUCCUCCUGUGACGGAGUCACUUCGGACGUGCGCUCCCGCCUCCUGAGCCACCUCGCCGCCUGCCUUAACCAGCUGGGACCCGUGCGCUACUCCCCACCCGGAGUCGUCCAGCCCUCCCACCUGGCUCAACCACUGCACGUCCAGCUGCCCGGGGCCCCGACUGCCGGCUCCGCCGCCCAGUGCAAGAUGAGCCCCGCCGGAGCCCUGUCGCCCAAAGUGUACGGGGGCUUCCACCUGGUGCCCGCCCCCGACGGCCAGGCUGUGGCUUUUCUCAUCCCCAACCCCGCCUUCGGGCCUGGCCCGGGCUCGCUGCUCCCCACCUAUCCCAGCGCCGCCGCCGCCGGAGGGGGACCAGCCUCCGGGGGGGCCCUGGCAGGCGCCCCGCCUCCCCCCGCAGGGGCCGGCAGCGCUACGG